GUUGCCUUGUGCUGCGUGGAUCCUACAUUCUGUCUAGGGGGCCCUCUGGGCUCACACAACGCGCUGACGGUUCAAAUCAGGAAAUAAAAGCUAGAGAACGUUAUCGUUCCCCAGAUCACACAUUGCUUCGCUGCAUGCGCGCGCACACACACAGUCGCCCGGCGCUGAGCACUGCAGCGUUGGUCUGUGGGCAAACGCCGAGGUAUGGAUGUCCAAGAGAGGUUGGCAUUGGAUAUUUCCACCCGAAAUCCCCAGGACGACUUCGAGCUGCUGCAGAGAGUUGGCGGAGGGACCUACGGGGAAGUUUAUAAGGCGAAGAACAAAGGCACCGGCGAGCUGGCUGCCAUAAAGAUUGUGAAGAUGGAGUCAGAUGACGACUGCGCCGCGAUCCAGCAGGAGAUCCUCAUCGUGAAGACCUGCAAGCACCAUAAUAUCGUGGCCUAUUACGGGAGCUACAUACGGUUGAACAAGCUGUGGUCUGCAUGGAGUUCUGCGGGCCGGAUCUCUGCAGGACAUUUACCAUGUAUGGCACCGGCCCCCUGUCAGAGCAGCAAAUUGCCUAUGUCUGCAGAGAAACUUGCAGGGUCUGUCUUAUCUUCACAUCCAAGGCAAGAUCCACAGAGACAUCAGCGGAUUUGGGAUCUCGCCCAGAUCAGCGCCACGUUCGCCCGCAGGAUGUCCUUCAUCGGCACCCCCUACUGGAUGGCGCCCGAGGUGGCGGCGGUGGAGCUGAAAGGCGGCUACAAUGAGCUGUGCGACAUCUCCGUGGGCAUCACGGCGGUGGAGCUGGCCGAGCUGCAGCCCCCCAUGUUUGAUGUCCACCCCCUGCGGGUGCUGUUCCUGAUGUCCAAGAGCGCUACCAGCCGCCGAAACUAAAAGACAAGCCAAAGUGGACUCCGGCCUUCCACAACUUCGUGAAGGUGACGCUGACCAAGAACCCAAGAAGCGGCUGAGCGCUGCCAAGAUGCUGAGUCACCAGUUUGUGGCCCAGCCUGGCCUGAGCCGGAGCCUGACGCAGGAGCUGCUGGGAAGCUGCGGAACCCAGACAAGCUGCCGCGCUGCUG